GAAACUUGUACCUCGACUCUUGACAGCUACAUCCGCAAAUCACCAGUCCAUCUGUAGCCAUCGUGUGUGGGCAAUCCUACGAUUCGUUCACUCGCAUUCAGCCGUAACAGCAACAGCAGCAUGGCGCUUCCCAUGCCCGAACCAACUCGUCCCCCACUCCCGCUCACGCACUACAGAGUCUUGUCAUUCGACGUCUACGGCAGCCUCGUUGAAUAUAAAGGUCAGAUUUUAAAUUCCUUCCAACCCCUGCUAUCGCGCCUGUCCCCGUCGUCGCCCUAUCUCGACUCAACACCGUUAUCAACGACGACCCCCGACUCCGCUACGAAAGGGUCCGUUGAGUUUCUGAAACUGUUCCAACGACAAGAAGACGCCAUCAAGCUCGAAAAGCCCGCGAAGAGAUUCGACGAGAUCCUCGCCGAGAUCUGGAGACGCGUGGCGCAAGAGCUCCAGGUCGACAGCAGCGAGGAGGAAGCCGUUGCGUUUGGAAGCGAGGCCGUCAUAUCAAGCUGGCCUACGUUUCCCGGCACUCUGGAGGCUCUCAGGUCACUAAGCAAGCACUACAGACUCGUUGCUUUGUCCAACAUCGACAGGUACGCGUGGUCCAUCACGUCGUCGUCACCGGCAAGCAGGCUCGGCGAGGUCGAUUGGUGGAAAGUGUUCACGGCCGAAGAUCUCGGCGACGAUGCGGCACGCGCGGACGAGAUCAAGUUGGAGACAUUGAUCGGAUACUGCACUAGCACCAGCACUACCAGUGGCACUUCCAACGGUGGGGGCGGGAGCGUCGAGAAGGACGAAAUCCUCCACGUCGCGCAGAGUCUCGGGCAUGAUCAGGCACCGGCGAAGAGACUGGGCUUGAGUAGUGUGUGGUUGAUUGGCGAUGGGCCGAGAUGGGGCAAAGAGGCCGAAAGCAAGAUGGCAUUGGAGAAGGGGUUGGUCGGGUAUGCGUGGCGGUAUAACACGUUGAAGGAAUUCGCGGACGACGUCGAGAAGGCGUUCAAUACUAGUAACGAGGGUGAAAUGAAAGGGCCUCCAGCUUAUGAUUUGGAUCGUGUGACUGACUGAUGACAGUCAGGUAUGGUCUUCUGUGUCUGUAACAUGAAAAGCACGCAGUCCUUUCCACAGGCGAGAUCCAUGCUGG